GGCUGCGUGUGGCAGGGUGUAGCCGAUUCCGGCCGGAGCUGUGUGUCGCGGGCUUCGGGAGAGAUUUAUUGGCUGCCUCCUGCUAAACCACGCUUGAGUAAUCGGAGCUGCUGAAGCCCGAGGAGGCUCGGGAGGGGCGCGGGGAGGGGGACGUCACUCCCUCCCUCUCGCCGCACGGAGGAGAAGAAGAAGAAGAAGAAGAAGACGAGCCGGAGUCUCCCAUCCCUCCACAAGCGCCUCGGCUCCCGGCCAUCAUGUGCCUGGCGGGCAGGGGCGAGGUGUAGGGCGUCGCGGCGGCAGAGCGAGCCGUAGCCCGAGCCACCUUGGGGCCAGUCCCCCUCCACCCCCAGCCGCUCCAUCCCGGCGACCAGCGUGCCCGUUGCGCCCAGAGGAGACCCGGGCAUGGAGCGGAUCCCAGGAAGGCGAGCGGCUGCCCGGGAGCGGCGCUGAGCGAGGAAGAGCCUGGUGCCCGGCGGCGGCGGCGGCGGCCAGAGGCGCGAUGGUCUCCCGCAAAGGGUAGGAAGAGAGAGCGACAGGGGAAGCGAGCGGGCGACCGAGCCGGCGAGAGCCGUCGGUGGAGGGAAAGAGGAGCGAGCAACAUGCCUGUUCGCAGAGGUCAUGUGGCACCGCAAAACACCUUCUUGGGGACCAUCAUCCGGAAAUUCGAAGGGCAAAAUAAAAAAUUUAUCAUUGCUAAUGCUAGAGUGCAAAACUGCGCUAUCAUCUACUGCAAUGAUGGGUUCUGUGAGAUGACUGGAUUCUCCAGGCCAGACGUCAUGCAAAAACCAUGUACCUGUGACUUCCUUCAUGGACCAGAGACCAAAAGGCAUCACAUUGCCCAAAUUGCGCAGGCGUUGCUUGGGUCAGAGGAGAGGAAAGUGGAAGUCACUUAUUAUCAUAAAGAUGGGUCAACUUUCAUUUGCAACACCCACAUCAUCCCAGUGAAAAACCAAGAGGGAGUGGCCAUGAUGUUUAUUAUUAACUUUGAAUACGUAACGGAUGAGGAGGAUGUACAGUCUCCAGAAAAAAUCAACCAGAUAGUAUCAGCCAAAGUUGCAAACCAUGGUAACAACCUGUCAAGAGGCUCUUUGUCAGGCAAACUUUUUGGGUUCAAGCUCCCUGGACUGAGCCUUUUAUCAUACAGAAAGCAGUCCUUGCCUCAGGAAGAUCCCGAUGCUGUGGUUGUUGAUUCAUCAAAACGCAGUGACGACUCCAUGGCUAUGAAGCACUUGAAGUCCCCAACAAAAGAAAGCUGCAGCCCCUCUGAAGCGGAUGACACCAAGGCACUGAUCCAGCCAAGCACAUGUUCACCUCCGGUGAAUAUAUCAGGACCUCUUGACCAUUCAUCACCGAAACGGCAGUGGGAUCGACUAUACCCGGACAUGCUCCAUUCAAGUACUGCACUAACCCAUGCUCAGUCAAAAGAAAGUAUUUGCAGCAUAAGGAGAGCAUCUUCAGUACAUAACAUAGAAGGAUUUAACAUCCAUCCCAAGAAUGUGUUCAGGGACCGGCAUGCUAGUGAAGACAAUGGUCGCAAUGUCAAAGUUUCACGUUCCUGGAUGGCAGGGGGUCCAUUUAACCAUAUCAAAUCAAGUUUAUUAGGAUCUACAUCGGAUUCAAACCUCAACAAAUACAGCACCAUCAACAAAAUUCCACAACUAACCUUGAACUUUUCUGAUGUCAAAAAUGAAAAAAAAAGUUCAUCGCCUCCAUCUUCAGAGAAAACAAUUAUUGCACCCAAAGUGAAAGACAGAACACACAAUGUAACUGAGAAGGUUACCCAGGUUCUAUCCUUAGGAGCAGAUGUUCUGCCAGAAUAUAAACUCCAAACACCUCGCAUCAACAAGUUUACUAUAUUGCACUACAGUCCUUUCAAAGCAGUCUGGGACUGGCUCAUUUUACUGCUUGUGAUCUACACUGCCAUAUUCACCCCUUACUCUGCAGCGUUUCUUCUCAACGACAGUGAAGAACAGAAAAGGCGGGAGUGUGGCUAUUCAUGCAACCCACUGAACAUGGUAGACUUAAUUGUGGAUAUUAUGUUUAUCAUUGACAUUCUAAUCAACUUCCGAACAACGUAUGUAAACCAGAAUGAAGAAGUGGUAAGUGACCCAGCAAAAAUAGCAAUUCACUACUUCAAAGGAUGGUUCCUAAUUGACAUGGUUGCUGCAAUACCUUUUGACCUGCUGAUUUUUGGAUCUGGCUCUGAUGAGACAACAACCCUAAUUGGCCUUCUGAAGACUGCAAGACUGCUCCGUUUGGUGAGGGUUGCUCGGAAACUGGACAGAUAUUCAGAAUAUGGUGCUGCUGUUCUGAUGCUACUUAUGUGCAUAUUUGCACUCAUCGCUCACUGGCUCGCUUGCAUUUGGUAUGCCAUCGGGAAUGUGGAAAGGCAUUAUCUGUCUCCUAAAAUUGGCUGGUUGGAUUCACUAGGACAGCAAUUGGGCAAACAUUAUAAUCAGAGCGAUGGCAGCUCUGGACCAUCCAUCAAGGACAAAUACGUCACGGCACUUUAUUUUACCUUCAGCAGCCUGACCAGUGUAGGAUUUGGAAAUGUGUCUCCAAACACCAACUCAGAGAAAAUCUUUUCCAUUUGUGUCAUGCUGAUUGGCUCAUUAAUGUAUGCAAGCAUUUUUGGAAACGUCUCCGCAAUAAUCCAAAGACUGUAUUCAGGGACUGCACGGUACCACAUGCAGAUGCUGCGUGUUAAAGAGUUCAUACGCUUUCAUCAAAUUCCCAACCCUUUGAGGCAACGUCUUGAAGAGUAUUUCCAGCAUGCAUGGACAUACACAAAUGGCAUUGACAUGAACAUGGAGGUCUUAAAGGGAUUUCCAGAAUGCUUGCAAGCUGAUAUCUGUCUCCAUCUCAACCAAACUUUACUUCAAAACUGCAAAGCUUUCCAGGGGGCCAGUAAAGGCUGCCUCCGGGCUUUGGCCAUGAAGUUUAAAACAACACAUGCGCCUCCUGGGGACACGUUAGUCCACUCUGGUGAUGUUCUGACUGCGCUUUACUUCUUGUCACGAGGCUCCAUUGAAAUCCUCAAGAAUGACAUGGUUGUGGCCAUUCUUGGCAAAAAUGAUAUUUUUGGAGAGAUGGUACAUCUUUAUGCAAAACCAGGGAAGUCAAAUGCAGACGUGAGAGCCUUAACCUACUGUGAUUUGCAUAAGAUCCAGCGAGAAGACCUGUUAGAAGUUUUGGAUAUGUACCCCGAGUUUUCUGAUCUGUUUCUCACCAAUCUGGAGCUCACUUUCAAUCUGCGACAUGAAAACCCCAAAGCUGAUCUCGCAAUAAAGCCACAAGCCACGAAUGAUUCAGAUGGCGACAACAAACUCCGAAGAAGGAAAUUGUCUUUUGAUAGUGAAAUUAAUAAAGACUAUGACAAAGGGGAUGAGGAUUCUGUGGAUCACACCAGACAUUAUCAGGUUACCAAAAAACAUUCUGAGGAGAAGAGAAGCAGGUCGUCAUCUUUUGUGUCCUCCAUUGAUGAUGAGCAGAAACCCUUGUUCUCUGGGAUAAUAGGCUACCCAUCAGUACUGGGGAAGGCUGCAGUGCUGGAGUUUGAAGAUAUGGUACAUGCAACAGAAAGAAUCCAAACAGACAAAAGAAGUCAUUCUUGCAAAGACAUCACUGACAGAAGAAUCUGGGAGGAAGAUCACAGUGGGGGUCCCCAAGAGUCAUCUAGUCAAUCAGCAUUACCUCAUGUCAUAUGGGGGAUUUCCGAAACAGAAAGUGAGAUCAACUAUGGCGAAGUGGAACAGAGACUAGAUUUGCUUCAAGACCAACUCAACAGGCUGGAAUCCCAAAUGACUGCUGACAUUCAAACCAUCCUGCAGCUGCUGCAGAGGCAAUCAACACUCAUCCCACCUGCCUACAGCAUGGUGACCGCAUGUGCAGAUCACCAGAGGCCAGCUGUCCGAAUAGUACAAAGUCUUCAUCCUGUAGCAUCUAUUAAAACAGACAGAAGCUUUAGUCCUUCACAGUGCCCUGAAUUCCUAGACCUUGAAAAAUCAAAACUGAAAUCCAAAGAAUCCCUCUCAAGUGGAGUGCAUCUAAAUACAGCCUCAGAAGAUAACCUGGCCGCAUUUUUGGAACAAGAGCAUGACCAGUCUUUAGAGCUACCCCCACGACAUUGUAAGACUUAUCUUCACCCAAUUAGGCAUCCAUCCUUGCCAGAUUCUUCCCUAAGCACUAUAGGAAUCUUGGGUCUUCAUAGGCAUGUUUCUGAUCCUGGUCUUCCUGGGAAAUAACCCUUUUAUACUCUUACAUCACCUAAAAUGUAAGUGUUUUUAAUGGCUGGGUUCCCCCCCCCCUUUUUUUUUUUUUUUGUAUUUAAAUCCUCUAUACUUGACUCAGGGGCUACAAGGAUAUACCAUUAUAUGCAAAAGUACUGUAUAUUUUCCUAACUUUGUAGCUUGUAAGGUAAAGAUAACCAGUAACAAUGUAAAUAUAUAAAUAAAUAUAUAUAUAUAUACACACACACACACUACAAAAAUGUAUGUUCCAAAUAUAAAACUGCCAGCAUUCUCAAGGCACCUUAUAUUUUUAAAUUUUUUAAAGCACCUGCAUGUUUGCAAAAGACUGAGGUUCUGUUGCAUGGAGAUUACAACUUACUGUUUUUGAUGAGAUCCUAUUUUAUUGUGGAUAUGCCUUUAAAAAUUAAGAUGAUGAUGAUCCACACAGAAACAACUUGUUUUGCUUGAGCUGCUCGGCCGUUCAAAUGAAACUUUCUUCCAGGUUAUCUUUGAGAGGAUCCAGUUCCUCUUCUGGCACUGAGCUUUUGACAGUCAACAAAGCCAUUCCACGGCUUUGGUAAAGAGGACAGCAGUUGAUGUCUCUGGGGUUUACAACUUAUUCAUGUAAAACAGCAAAUAGGUUACUUUAAAAAAAUGCAGCUAGAGCAACUGGGCAGCACAAUGGGAAGCAUCAUUACUAAUCUGCAUUAGUAAUACAUGUUUGCACUUACAUCAGCUGAAUCAUUUUUACAUUUUAUUUUUCUUUAUUAAAACCUCAUCAUAGCUAAAAGCUGCCACCCUACAAAGGCAGUUAGCUGUCAAGACCCUCAAACAUAAUCAAAUGCAAUAAAUAUAAUUUCUACAUAAUGCAGAAGACUUUGUUCCUUUUGUUCAAUGCAAACAAUGUAACAAGCUGUGCAAUGAAAAUAUUUUCUAUUCUAAUGGUCACAGUUGUGAUUUGAGACCUCCUGUCUCCUCUACUACCCCGUGUGUGUGUGUGCGCGCGCGUGUGCGCACACACACACACACACACACACAUCAUUAAGUGGCUCCACAUGUGUUUUAGAAUGGGUUAUCUUAAGCUUUAAUGCAUUGUGAGCACCAGAGUUACCCAUUCAUAUACAAUUUCCUGUGUGUGGAUUUCUUUCUUUCGAUGGACAGUGAAAAUACAGGGCGUGAUCCAUCCUAGCAAGGGUCCAAUGCCCAUACAUGGAAAAUUGCCAUGGGGCUCAAUAAGAGCCUCUUUCACCCUCCCUCCUUGGUACAUUCUCACAGGCAAGCCCAUGCGCACACAAUGAGCUGAGCCAUUACUGGGACCCGGAGGGCUGCGUUCCUGCCUUAUCCCACCCAAUCCUCUCUCUUGGCCCAGUCCAAAAGUACUUAUGCUCAGAAUCCUAUAAUGGCCUAGUGUGUUGCAUAAAGAUGUGCCAAGAUGGGAGGGAGAAACAAGGCUCAUGUAUCCUUCGAUACAUGGGCCUUGCCCAAAGCUAGGAUUAAUCAUACCAUGAUCAUGGCAUGGAACUGUGUAUAUUCUGAAUAGAUGCUUCCCAGACAUGCACUAAAGCAGCAGCAAUGGAGAAGCAUUACCUCCCACACCUCAAAAAGAGAGGAACAGUAUAUGAAGAGGCCUUCAGUAUUCUAAAAUUGGUAUUCAACACUGAAUUAAAGUAAUCCUGAGAGAGUAUGAAAACACCCCUAAAAUAGAUAUGUCUGUAUGAUAUGGGUGUAUGUGUGUAUGUAUAUAUAUAGAUAGAUCUGGCCCUAUAUGCAUAUAUGCACAGGUGAUCUUUUAUCUGUUAUAUAUGCAUAUCUAUAUCUAUAUAUCUAUAUCUAUAUGUAUAUAUGUAAAUUGACUUUUAGGUACAAUUGUAAACUUUAUUACAAACCAAGUAAGCUGCUUAACUUGUGUCCAAAGCUGACUCUUCUAGGAUAAAUUGAUCAAAGGUCCAUAGGCUUUAAAUACAGUCUAUACUUAUAUGCAUAAUGCUUUGUGAAUACUUAGAUUUAAUUUUAUUAAAAUAUUAUACUGCUUCAAA